AUCAACUUUUUUCCACGCAGUUCAACUUCUCCCCCCGUCGUCGUCGUCGUCCAACCCAACGACAAGUUCAACAAUGAAGUUUUCUGUUACCUUCCUCGCACUCUUCAUUGCUGGUGCUCUCGCCCAGUUCACAAUCAACACUCCUGCCAAUGUUGUUGAGUGCCAGCCCACCCUCCUGGCGUGGUCAGGUGGAACUGCUCCCUACUUCUUGAGCAUCCUACCUGGUGCGACUCCCAAUGGUGUUGCUCUUGAGAACUUGGGACAGCAAAACAGUACCUCAGUGACUUGGGUCUGCAACAUCGCGUCCGGGACAUCUAUUGGUCUCACCCUUCGCGACAGCACUGGUUUAACUGCGCAGUCCGCCCCUUUCACCGUGAACCCCGGUUGUGCGUGUUUCAGUUGACCUUGUUGAUCGGUUGCUUACCUUGGCGUAGCUUCAACUACAUGCACUAAUGUCACGUCGAUUUCCUCUGGUCCGACUGUUGCAACUAGUGCUGCCGCUCCGACUGGUACUGUGGCUACCACUAGCAGUGGUACUGGUACCACUAAAACCUCGGCCGCCACCACCGCCGGAGGCUCUGCUACCUCUGCUGCUUCAUCUUCAACGACUUCUGGUGCUGCCUCUGUCAAUGCUAUCCGCGUUGGUGCCGCCGGCAUUGCCGGCGCUGCUGUUGCUGCCCUUCUUUUCUAGAUUUGCUCUGAAAUCAAAAGACCGAUACCAGUCGACGGACUUUCCAGAGACAUUCACGGCUUUUUUUU